ACACCUGAUAUCUCUCUUUCUCUUCCUCGUUUUUUUUAAUAUAAAGCAGAAAAGAAAAGAAGAAAAGAAGAAGGAAAGGUUUCUUAGGGUUUCGAUCGAAGCGGGAGAGGAAAAUCCAGAGAGAAGCCAUGGAUGAAGCCUUGACGAACGCUUCUGCAAUCGGUGACCAGCGUCAGAAGAUCGAACAGUACAAACUCAUCCUCUCGUCUGUUCUUUCCUCCAACGAUCUUCUCCAAGCCAAACAGUUCAUCGAUCACAUUUUAUCCGAUGAUGUCCCGUUGGUGGUUUCGAGGCAGCUAUUGCAAUCUUUCGCACAAGAGCUAGAGAGAUUGGAACCGGAGACGCAGAAGGACAUCGCGCGUUAUGCACUCGUUAAGAUUCAGCCGAGAGUUGUUUCAUUCGAGGAACAGGCGCUUGUUAUCAGGGAAAAGCUUGCGGCCUUGUAUGAAUCAGAGCAGCAAUGGUCUUUAGCUGCACAGAUGUUGAGUGGCAUUGAUCUGGACUCUGGAAUGAGGGGUGUUGACGACAACUUCAAGCUCUCAAAGUGUAUCCAAAUUGCUCGUUUGUACCUCGAGGAUGAUGAUGCUGUAAAUGCAGAGACGUUUAUAAAUAAAGCUUCUUUCCUAGUGAGCAAUAGUCAGAAUGAAGUUUUGGAUUUGCAGUACAAGGUCUGCUAUGCUAGAAUUUUGGACAUGAAAAGAAAGUUCUUAGAGGCUGCACUUCGGUAUUACGGCAUUUCUCAGAUUGAAAAACGACAAAUAGGGGAUGAAGAGAUUGAUGAGAAUGCAUUAGAGCAGGCCCUAUCUGCUGCUGUCACAUGUACCAUAUUAGCUGGAGCCGGUCCUCAACGUUCUCGUGUCCUUGCCACUUUAUAUAAAGAUGAGCGUUGCUCCAAGCUGAAGAUUUAUCCCAUCUUGCAGAAGGUGUAUCUGGAAAGGAUUUUAAGGAAACCAGAGAUUGAUGCUUUUGCAGAAGAACUAAGGCCACAUCAGAAAGCAUCUUUGCCUGACAAAUCUACUGUUCUUGAUCGUGCCAUGAUUGAGCAUAACCUUCUAAGUGCAAGCAAACUUUACACAAACAUAAGGUUUGAUGAAUUGGGAACUCUGCUGGGGAUUGAUCCAAGAAAGGCGGAGAAGAUAGCAUCUAAUAUGAUCGGCCAAGACAGAAUGAGAGGCUCCAUUGAUCAGGAAGAGGCUGUGAUACAUUUUGAAGAUGACAUUGAAGAACUACAACAAUGGGAUCAACAGAUAUCGGGAUUAUGCCAAUCUCUCAACGAUAUUCUGGACGGAAUGGCGAAGAAAGGUUUGGCUGUUCCUGUCUGAUAGAUUGAUUCCAAGCCGUGAGAUUCGAACUCGUGAUGAUAAAUUAGCCGAUGAGAGUCUCUCAAGCCUAAGUUUUUGCCAAAUUGGUUUUGCAAAUUUAUGUCUAUGCCUUUAGUUAUACAACUGAUACAAAUGAAGGGAAAAAAGAUUGGUCUCUAAAUGACGAUUUAAAAAAAAAAAAAAA